UACAUAGUAUACCAACUCAACUAAUCUGAACACUGAACUUUAGUACUAUGCGUGAUUUAUGUGCUGUUUUGGUUUUAGAUUAAAAUCAAACACGAAAUAAAAUUCUAACAAUAUUGUUUUAUUCGUGAACACUUUUUCACCAGAAUGCCCUUCAACUUCAUUUGCUGAGCAAAAAUACGGUACAAGUUUCUGCUAUGUAAGAAACGCAACAAGAAAAAAAUAGGUUGAUUUAUAUUGCUUUUUCUAUUCAUUGCUUUUUCUCAUUACUUAUUUGUGAAAUAUAAAUGAACACUAGCACUUUUUGUGUUUGCAAUGUAAUCUAUCGAUUGUUGUUAAUAGUUUAAAGAUCAUUAUUUAUUUGAUCAAUCUCGAAUUUGAUAUUUACCUAUAGUUUGAAAUUAUGUUCGAUUCAAUUUGCUCAUGAUUUAAAACCAUGAGUCCAACUCCUAAUGGCUUUGAAGCGGCGUACGGAAGCGUCGUCAACCAUAAUGAAGAAGGACACGGCGUGCAACAGGGAAGCAACGCCGACGGCGUGGCGCUGAUCGCCCGAGCGACUGCAGCUGCCGACCCCGGUGAAAACUUACGUCGGGCGAGGAGGUCCUACGCGUUCUUCUGUUUUUCAGACUUCCUGCUAACUUUCUUAGUCUACUCGAUUUACCUGAGCAUGGAAAAAGGCAGCGACCAAUCGUAUCGUAAUUUAUUUCGCAGGGAGUUUGUUCAUUACUCAUUCAAAACAUCCUUCAUGGAUAUUUUGAUUCUAGUCUUCGUCCGAGAUUCAAUUCUGCUACUUGUUUACAUGGUUUUCAAAAGAAAACAUUGGAUAUACGCGGGAUCUAUGUCGUUCUUUUCAACAGUUUAUCUAGCGGUCAAAGUGUUCAUUUAUCCGAUGGGUGAUUCAUCAGAAACAGUUAUUUGUUACCUCCUCAUAAUUUCCGCCUUCGCUAUGGGUUGGAUAUCGACCUAUCUCGUCGACUAUCACUUUGGUCUGACGAGGGCGCCAAAAAUUGGAGGAAUUAUGCACUCGAACGACAACGACGUCGAGAACCCGCAUUCAAAUCGAAGCACGAUAGUCCGACGAAACCCAGCGACCGCUAGAGUCUUAGAUUGGGCCGAGCAGGCCGCGACGCAAACCGAAAGAUCUCCAAGCGAGUACAAGUCAGUUGCGAGCACUGAGCCGAGAUUCUCUAGCUCGGGUGACGAGGCGUUCUCGGAGCCUCAGCCGAAGCCAGCGCCGCGAGCCGAACAAAACAUUUCGGCUCAAGCUACACCCGAAAACUCGCGCGAAAACACAGGACAGUUUUCCUUAAAGAGAGCUAGUAGUAGAGUUUCGCUUUCUAGUUUGAACAUUGAUAAAGCACAGCAAGAGGCGAAAGAUUCGCUUCAUUUUCUGACUGAUGAAGAUUUGAUGCUGGAUUUCGACUGGAAAUUAGAAGACAGCGGAGCAUACGGAACCAGUAUUUUCUCCACCGAAAUUUCAAAAGAUUCAAAGAAACUGCGACUGCUUAAAAUGGAAAUGGUCCUUACUAUUUCUCCACAAAACCUCGACAAACUUAUGAUUCAAUUUACCCCAGAAAGGCUAAGCUGGGAUGACUCGGUUGAGUGCUUUUCAUUGGUGCAGAAAAUUGGCCAAUCAGAUUUCAUUGCUAGAUUUAGCAUGCGUUCAAACAACGAACAGACUAAGAAAAAACCGGAAAAUGACGAUAGUUUUGAAAUACUUUUCACCUCUUGUUUUGGCGAGAAUGGCUCAAUUCAGCGCUGCGGUUGUCCGGUCAAAAAAGGAGUUGAUUACUCCAAUUCAGGGCAAGCCCAGUCUGAUAUAAUCUCGACAAACUUAGCCCUUUUGGGUUUCCUAAUUAACCCUGUAGCUUCUUCUAAAGACAAGAGCGAGCUGAUAUUCUUUUUAGGACUGAAAAAACGAGGAGUUUUUGGAAGUUCAGGCGCCUUGAAACCGAACAUCAGCUUUUUACUCACUUUAUCAGAGAGUCUUCUUUCGAAAGUCAGAUCAUCCAAAAAACGUUCCAGAAACUCCGAAGCAUCUUACGAGGGAUCCGUUUCGUGUGAAAACAUGGCAUUGGACAGAUAAUGUGUGUCAUUCGUUGCCAGAAACUUAGCUUACGAUAUUUUUCAUGUAUUUUGAACCAUUUAGUGACAAAUCAACAAUAAUAGUUUUUUUAAAUGCCAACUUCUUAAAGCUCUUACCACA